AUGAAGGGUCAUUACAAACUAUGUGAUCAAAAUUACAAAGAUAAAAAUGGACUAUACAGUAAUUUCUUAAAGCAUAUAAAACGAAAACAUCCACGACAAUAUAAGCAACUUAAUUCCAAAAAUAAUAAUGUUUUAUUAAAAAAUGUUAUUCUUGAAAAUGAUGAUCAGCCAUUACUGGAAUUAUCAUCAUCUGAAUCUAAACAGAAUCGAAUAAAUAUGGCUAUUGCUAUAUCUCUAAUUAUUAAAUGCAAUUUACCUCUCAACUUAGCUGAAAAUAAUGCAUUUCGUGAUUUUUUAAAAUAA